CAAACAAAAAAGAAAAAAAAAACAAAACAAAACAAAAAAAGGAGUUGGAAACAUUAGUCUUCAAACGGAGAAGAAACUUACUCUCCACACCAAAAUAUACCAUCAUCGGGUAAACCCAAGGUAUCGCCUCCUCCGGCAAAGCCUACUCUUUCUUCUUCAAAUUCAUACAAAAACCCUAAUUUCCAUCUCUACCGCCGCCCCAAUUGCCUCAUCCGGCAAACCCACUUACCUGGUUCUCUCCCCUUCCUCCGACGCUGCAAAGCAGAUGGUAUUUGUACAGCUCCUGUAUAAUAAAGGUACUCUUAGUUUGAGUACAUAGCUGGAUAGAUGGCGGAAAGAAGGAGGAAUUCAAAAGCUUCGGAGGGACAUCCUAUCAAAGCUUCAGGGAUGAUCCGACAUGGUACAUUUUCGGGCUCAGGCUCUGCUGCUAGCAAGGGUUCCUUAGAAACUAUACAUCACGUGGAACUGCUAGAAACUAAAAUUGCAGCUCAGGCAGCUGAGAUAAAACGACUUGCAGGGGAUAAUCAAAGAUUGGCUUCUACUCAUAUUGUUAUGAGGGAAGAGCUUCUAACUGCUCAGCAUGAAAUACAGAGACUCAAAAUGCACAUGAGAAAUCUCCAGACUGAAAGCGAUGUUCAACUCCGAGUUUUGAUUGAUAGGAUUAAAAGAAUGGAAGCUGAUAUUAGAGCUGGAGAAGGUUUGAGGAAUGACCUGAAACAGGCUUGUAAGGAUGCACAAAGCUUGGUCACUGCACGGCGAGAGCUAACUCUUCGAAUUCAAGAGGCCACUAAGGAAUUGGAGAAAGUCCAUGGUGAGAUUAAGAGUCUACCAGAUUUGCAUGCUGAACUUGACAGUUUGCGAAAAGAACACCAGAGAUUGCGUGACAAAUUUGAGUACGAAAAGAAGCUAAAUAUUGAUGAAGUUGAAGAACUGCGAGCAAUGGAGAAUAAACUUAUUUCGAUGGCUAGAGAAGUGGAAAAGUUGCGUAUUCAAGUCUCUAAUGCAGAGAAGAAAGCCAAGGCACAAAAUCCAUCUAGUACAACACCAAAUCCAUCUAGUACGGCACCAAAUUCAUAUGCUGGUGGAUACAUGAAUCACGAGUUUCCAUUCCCGCCCCCUAUGGAAGGCACUGUUCCCUAUUAUGAUACUCAUGCUCGGUCUAACAUUCAGAUGGGUAUUUGGCCACCAGCAGAAGGAAUGACUCCGCAAGAGAGUAGCAGAGUCAUGGCUGCUGCUGGUGCAGCUUUCCCUGAUGCCAGGGUUGCAACUACUCCUUCAACCGGAAUUGAUGCUGCCUCUAACUCUGGGGUUGCCGCUGUCCCUACGGGCGAAGGCUUUGUCACGCCUAUUAGUGCAGAUGCUGCUAUUCCUACCAGCAGAGAUGGUGCUAUCACACCUACUAGUGCAGAUACUGAUGUCCCUUCUGCCAAUAUGGAUAUUUCCGGCUCCACCAGUCCCUGAUCCUAUACACCGCGAAGGGUUAGUUCAGAAAAAGCUGCUGCUGGUAAAUCUCUCCCACAGCUAUGCUGAUUUUACAAUGUGGGACAAGGUCAUGUGCUUUUAUAACGAGGAACUGUAAUCGAGAGGGGUAGUUCAAACGUUGAGGCAUGUGGUUUGCUCUCACAGAGUCAGAUGUUCGAGUCAUAUUGUCUUAGUCCCCUAAUAUUGUAGGGUUAGAUUUGGAGUAUAGUAUCGAAAAAGAAAAUAAUGGAGAUUCGUAGAACCGAUCUCUGUAGGCAGCAAUCAUGGCCUAUAAGAUUGCAAGUGUUGGGUCUCUGUUUUGUGAAGAAAUAGGCUUCAUUGUUAGUUGAUAUGUGUAGGGGAAGGAAAGCUCAAUGGCAAAUGUAUUGAAAAAUCUGUUGAAAAUAUCUUUAGAAAUAGAAAAAUUGAAUCUUUUUUUUUUA